UAAUCCCGCCCCAGGGCGGAGCCUGGCCGCUGUGAGCUUUAGCUAUGAGCGUUCUAGUGCGGUGUGGGGUUGUCCGCGCGGUCAUUCCCCGUCUUUGGAGAGGGAAAUGCUUCAGUUCCGGAAAUGAGCCGGCAGAAAGCAACCCGGUGACACCGAUGCUGCGGCAUCUUAUGUAUAAAAUUAAGUCUACUGGCCCCAUCUCUGUGGCGGAAUACAUGAAGGAGGUGUUGACCAACCCAGCCAAGGGAUAUUAUAUACAUAAUGAUAUGCUAGGAGAAAAAGGAGAUUUCAUCACUUCACCUGAAAUAAGUCAGAUCUUUGGAGAGCUUCUAGGGAUAUGGUUUGUGAGUGAAUGGAUGAGCUCUGGAAAAAGUGCAGCUUUUCAGCUGGUGGAGCUGGGCCCAGGUCGGGGUACCCUCACAGGAGAUAUUUUGAGGGUGUUCAGUCAGCUUGGGUCUGUGCUGAAGAACUGUGACAUUUCAAUACAUCUAGUAGAGGUGAGCCAAAAGUUAAGUGAGAUUCAAGCACUGACGCUGACUGAAGAGAAGAUUCCUUUGGAGAGAGAUGCUGAAUCCCUGGUGUAUAUGAAAGGUGUUACUAAAUUUGGGCUUCCAAUCUCCUGGUACCGAGAUCUGAAGGAUGUUCCCAAAGGGUACAGCUUUUAUCUGGCACAUGAAUUUUUUGAUGUUCUUCCUGUCCAUAAAUUUCAGAAAACACCACAAGGAUGGAGAGAAGUACUCAUUGAUAUUGAUCCAGAAGUUUCUGAUAAACUGAGGUUUGUUUUGGCGCCUUGUGCCACCCCAGCAGAAGCCUUCAUACAACAUGAUGAAACAAGGGACCAUGUGGAAGUAUGUCCUGAUGCCGGGGCUAUCAUUCAGGAACUUUCUCAACGCAUUUCCCUAACUGGAGGCGCUGCACUGAUUGCUGAUUAUGGUCACGAUGGAACAAAGACAGAUACCUUCCGAGGGUUUUGUGGACACAAGCUUCAUGAUGUCUUAAUUGCUCCUGGAACAGCAGACCUAACAGCUGAUGUGGACUUCAGUUAUCUGCGCAGAAUGGUACAAGGAAAAGUAGUCUCUCUGGGUCCAACAGAACAACGGACAUUCUUAAAAAAUAUGGGCAUUGACGUCCGGCUGAAGGUUCUUUUAGAUAAAUCAGAUGACCCAUCAAUGAGGCAGCAGUUGCUUUGGGGGUAUGAAAUGUUAAUGAAUCCUAAGAAGAUGGGAGAGAGAUUUAACUUCUUUGCCUUGCUGCCUCAUCAGAGACUUCAUGGUGGAAGUCAUGAGAUGAAUGCCUGUCAGUCAAAACCCUCUACAUCAUCUGUUGCUGGUUUUGAUGAACUCACUUGGCGGUGAUAAUUCAACUUGGGCUUUAUAACUCCUCAGUAUGCUUAAAAAAAAAUCAAAAUUGUACACUGAAGGUAACUUAAGUGUUCAAAGUAUUUUAUCUUUUUGAAGCUGGCAAAAAUAGCCUUUAUUAUGUCAAGACAAUCAGAAUUGUACAACUUUCAGGGUUAUAACCAAGUCUUGAUACUUAGUAAUUUAUCAUAAAAGCCAGUUCCGUUUAAUAAAGUUGCUGUAUUUCUAUUUUGCUUUUAGAAAAUACAUAUGAGGGGGGCUGGAGAGAUGGCUCAACAGUUAAGAACACUGGUUGUUCUUGCAGAAGACCUGGGUUCAAAUCCCAGAACCCACAUGGCAGCUAAAAA